GAUUCGACUGAUUUUUCAGGUCAGAACAACAGUAAUCCAGUUCAGGGUAGUUUUCCACAAAAAUUUUCCAUUCUUUGGCAUAAUAAAAAUAUGGCUUUCACAGGUGUACUCCGUUCUGUUUGUCGAGUUGCGCCAAUAGUAUCAAGACGGAUGGUCAACCUACAAACAUCGAGCAAACUAUGGAAUGUCUCCUCACAAUGCAUGCGAGUUUUGUCAACACAGAUUGACCCAGAAGAUCCUCGAACAGUUCCAAACACUGAGUGGGAGAAACGUUUAACUCCAGAACAGUAUGCUACAACAAGGGAGAAGUUUACAGAACCACCAUUUAGUGGGAUCUAUGUAAAUAAUUAUGAAGAAGGAACAUACAACUGUCUGUGUUGUGGAAAUGAAUUAUUCAGUUCUGAAACAAAAUAUGAUUCAGGAACCGGCUGGCCAUCCUUUACAGCACCAAUUGGAGGAGAAGAUAAAGAAAACACAAAUAUUCUAGAACUUACUGACACUAGUCAUGGCAUGAUGAGAACUGAAGUCAUUUGUAAAAAGUGUGAUUCACAUCUAGGUCAUGUCUUCCCAGAUGGUCCAGAACCAACGGAACAGAGGUUUUGUAUAAACAGCAGGUCAUUGUUGUUUAAGCCAAAAAAACAAGAAAAAAAGUGAAUUAUCCAUUGAGUGAUUUUCAUAAUUGUUCUAUCAGAAUGCAUCAUUAAACAUGUAAUGAAUGGCCACACUCAAAUGCAGUGCCUAGAUACACAAUGAGUUAACCUGUACGCCAAAAUAGGUAAUAUAAUGAAGUAUAUAUACAUUUGUACAAACUUUUUGCCAAAUGUGCUCAACUGAAUGCAAGUUAAUUAAGGCAAAUGUGUUUUCUUUUAUUUUUAUGGAAUUUCCUCUUAUUGGCAUUUAAGUUUGAUAUUUUUAUUUUUUUAUACAAAUGUAAUUUAAUUUGAAGAUAUUAAAAAAAACUUAAAAGCAGAAUGUAUCUUCCAUGAGAUUUUCUGAUCCAGGGAAUUUGUCAUAAAUAAGCCAUGUGUUAAGAAGAUAGAUCUUUUAAGGUUUGGGAAUAUCUGAUUGUGAUUUGAAUGUAAACCAUACAUAUACCUGAUAAUCACUAAUUGUAUAUUAUUUAGAAUUUGUUAAUGCAGGCUUUUAUUUGGUAAUGAAAUGAGAGCUUUUUACAUGUUUACACAAAAUUAGUAUUUUGAUGUUCUGUAGUCAUCCUAUUAAUGCUUUGUUUAUUUAUUUUUUUAAGAUAGAUGUUUAAUUUGAGUAUAUUUCUUGUAUGAUGUGGGUUUUACAAAUAUAAUAGGCCACAUAAAUCGGGAUAAGAGUUCCUUUGUAUUUUGUUAGACAGAAAGUGUAUGUUUAGAUGUUUCAAUUAAAAACAAAAUAUAUUAUUUUGCGUUAUUUAUUCUGGUGAGAUUUUUAUGUUUCAAAAAAGUAAAGCUAAAAACACAAUGAAACUAGAAAGUGGUAUGUAAAGUGUCUUUUUUUUGUUGGAAAAAAAAAGCUUGUAUGUGGGAAUUUUGAUGUAUUGAUGAAACAAAUGAUUUUCAAUGAAGUAAAUAUGCUAAGUAGAAAUUAAUAUAAUGAAAAAAUCUUUAAAUUAUGCUAUUUUUAACUCUUUUUUUUCUCAGGAAUCAGUGAUUUGCUUUUCUUAUGCCACUGAAAUAUAUGUUUUGUAUGAAUGAUCUGAUUAUAUGAACUUUUUAUUGACAAUUUGUGUUUGUUUUUUAUAGUUUGUUUGCUAAGUUUUCUUGUUAUGAACACCUUGACCUAAAGGUCUUUGUGUGAACUUUUGCUAUCACUCGACACUCAAUGUCUGUUUAUCAUAGUAUGCCAGACUUUGAAAUUUAAUUCCCUUGCUUGAAGCUUACUGUUAUACCAAACAAACUGUUUGAAUCAGCCAACAACCAACCAUCAUGGUGAAUGAAAUUAAAAAAGGAACUUGAUAUAUCUUUAGAUUAGCAUAUUUAUUUCUAUCUCCAAUGAUAAUACAUUGUCAGUUGUGUCAAAUAAGAAUCUCACAAUAAAAUGUUAUCCUUUUGGUGUCCCUAAAAUACAAUUCUAAAAAUAACAAUAGAAAAGAUCAUGGUGUAAUUACCCCUUAUGUCUGUUUUGAAAAUACACAUACUCCUCUUUUAUGAACUUGUAUGACCAUGAACCAAAUUGUUUGUUUAAAACAGCAAAACAUGUUUUUUUUAGUAAAGAAUGAAAAAAAGAGAAAGAAAAAUUUUGUAAUAAAUCUUGAAUGCACAGUAAUUCUUUACUGACCUAUUGAAAUAUUUCACAUAAAACAAAAUAAGAAUAACUAAGCUAUUUUGGGUUUUUUAUGGCCCUUUCUGUUUGUAUAUUAGGUGUCAGAGAAAUUUUAUUAAAGAUUCAAAGAAAUUUCUUUCGUUAUGGCUGCUUUUUUUGUAACUAUGUAUGCUUUUGAAAUAAACAACUGUAAUAAUCUUGAAUUUUGCACUGCUUAGAUGCAAAACACCAGUUAUGAACCAAUAUAAAAUUCCAAAAUAAUACAAAGAUCUGAUUAACAUAGGUCUGAUGUUUUGAUAAUUUUUAAGGGAAUUUUUCCAUGAUACAAAAAUAAGCAAGUGAAUAACAUUAUUCCUUAAACUAAUGUUUUAAACUGUUGAUGAGAAGUUUAAUUGGUUGACUGUUAUUGAUGAAAAAAAUUAUUUUAAUCAGAAUAGGGAUGUUGAUUAUUGUGCAUUUUUUUUCAAUUGACACAUUACAUAAAGAUGUACUGUAGUCAUAAAAUGUAUUAAUUUUGAAUAAAAAUAAAACGAUGACAAAUUUA